AUUAAUUACUAAAAAAAAAAAAAACUAAUAACAAAAAUGUCUUCAAUGGAAAUAACACCGGCCGCAAAUUUUGAUAAAAAUAAUGCUGAUACUUUACGUAAUAUACGGGAAUCGUUAGCGUUAGCGGAAACAUUGGCUAAGGCAAGUUUAAUGACAUCACCAGCUGCUAAACGUCGAUUAGCUGCUCGUCAAUUGGAAAUUAAUGGAAUGGAAAAUGCAGAGAAUGGUGAAUCUUCAUCAUCAUCUUAUGUACCACCAAAACAACUUUUGUUGUAUUUAGUUCGGAUGGGAAGUUUUACUUCUGCAACGAAAAUUUUAAAUGACGAUUGCCAAGACAACGAUGUACAACUUCCAGAACGUCUUUCCCGAUUAGAAUUACUUGAACAUUGUAGUAAAGCUCUGUUUCACCUUCCAUCGCUAGUUAAACGUUCAUUGAAAUAUCGUGAUUUUACGAAUUACGAUUUAAAUAAGGGGAUUCUACAAUUAAGCUCUAUUUCUGAAAUUUGCAGCGAUUUUAUCUCCGGUCCUCAAAAUGUUCGUGUAUUACAAUGGAAUAUUUUAUCACAAUCUCUUGGUGUUAUGCAUGAUAACUUUGUAUUUUGCCCUGAUGAAGCUCUUGAAUGGAAAACAAGACGAUAUCGUAUUAUUGAAGAAAUUAUUUCUUAUUGUCCUGACGUAAUUUGUUUACAAGAAGUCGAUCAUUUUAAUUUCCUCAAAACAGUAUUGGGAACACAAGGCUACAAAGGUAUGUUUUUCCCGAAACCCGAUUCGCCUUGUUUAUAUAUAAAUGGCAAUAAUGGUCCAGAUGGAUGUGCCAUAUUCUACCGUGAAGAUAAAUUUGAUCUUGUACGCAUGGAGUCAAGAAUCUUAGAAGUAUGGCGUGUACAAAGUAAUCAAGUUGCUCUAGUGGCAAUAUUACGUAUUCGUGAAACAGGACAAGAAAUUUGCGUAUCCACAACACAUUUAAAAGCAAAAACCGGCGCACUUUUAUCCACAUUACGCAACGAACAAGGAAAAGAUUUAUUAGAAUUCGUUAAAGUACAAGCCGAAAAUCGUCCAUUAAUUUUAUGCGGAGACUUUAACGCCGAACCAAGCGAACCAAUUUAUAUGACUGUUUUAAAACACAACGAUUUGAAAUUGGCUAGUGCAUAUGCAAAUUUAAAAUCCGGAUUUGAAAAUGAAAUAACCACAUCUGGAGAACGAGAACCACCAUAUACUACAUGGAAAGUAAGAGCCGAAGGAGAAGCAUGUCAUACAUUAGACUACAUAUUUUAUAGCCGUGAUAAAUUUAUGGUCAAUUCAGUUUUAGAAUUUCCAUCAGGUGAUGAAAUUGGCGAGGGACGUGUACCCUCCCUAUCCUAUCCAUCUGAUCAUUUUUCAUUGCUCUGUGAUUUUAGAAUUAACGAUAAUUCAACAAGUGAAAAUAUUUGAAUCGAAUUUUUAUGUAAAUAAUAAUUUUUAUUUAUUAUUUUCAUAUUUAUCAAUAAUUUAAAUAGCAAAACGACACUAUUAGAGAGGAUUUGGGGUAAAAUUAGUUGUAGUUUAGCAUACGACAUAUAACUAUUUCUUUUAAUCAUUCAGUUAGAGAAUUUUAAAUUCGAUGAGCAGAAAUUACACAUUUGGUCGUACCAGUAGAUUUUCAUUUGAGAUAAAAUACUUCCAUAAAUUUUGUCGCCUUUCAUGGACCUAGGCAUGGCAGUAACAUCUAUAUCUUAGAAAACAGUAAGAUGAUUUUUCUCUUUCAGAAUCUCAGAAAUAAAUCUCGUCUCUAUUUUGUUUCAAUUGAACACCUACUGCUUUUAAAUGAUAUCUACUAUAGAGCCUUCUUCCAUAUUUCUUGCCAAAAAAUAAUAUCUAGGUAUUGAACACCUACUGCUUUUAAAUGAUAUCUACUAUAGAGCCUUCUUCCAUAUUUCUUGCCAAAAAAUAAUAUCUAGGUACAAAAUAUCCAAAAAAAUUGUAUCUCGAUUUUUCUUCCCGGCUGCAUUUAACUCAACUCAAGGCCAGAAUGUUAAUUGUCCUGGAGUAAGUGAUAAAAAGCCACGGUUUCGCUUCAGUCUUUAUAUCACAUACGCCAGGAAAUUCAACUUUCUGGCCUACGGUCGUAAUAAACUAUUAUUUUACAAUGUGUCUCGAUACUUUGACAAAUGCAUAAAAUUUUAUUGUGCUUCCGAAAAUAUUUUGAUCGUAUGUCUAAACUAAAUCAUUGAAUUUCAUUUGGGGAAUAAAAAUGUGAAUCCAUCUACAAAUCGGAACUUGGACAAACGAUAAAAUUUGUCAUUUAUAAUUACUAGAAUAAAAUGUGAUACGUAUAAAAUUUAUCUUAUUUUUUAAGUCUUUG